CGAAAGGGCAUCAACGAGCAAUGCAAAGCCAUAAGUUUGAGGAAUGGGAGAUAAUUGGAAGAAGUGACGAAGAAGGCGACAAGCAAGGAUGGAGGGGAGCAACAAGAAAAAGAAGUUGAGACUCUGACAGAUCCCCCAGGUGAGAAAAGGGUCGUUGCGCCUAAGCCGACCCCACAAGUACCUUAUCCUCAACGCCAGAUAAAGGCAAAGAAUGAGUCGUAUUACAAAUUUUUUCUUGAGAAAUUGAAUGAAUUACAUAUUCAUAUUCCUUUUACUCGAGCACUUGAACUAAUGCCUCAUUGGGUAAAUUUUUUGAAACACAUGGUAUCGAAGAAACGGAAAUUCGGUGAACAUGAGAUGAUAGCCUUAACCGAACAAUGCAGUGCCAUUCUUACUCGCCCAAUUCCACCAAAGCUUGGAGACCCGGGUAAGUUUACGAUUCGAGUCGCUAUCGGAGGUAAGUUCUUUGCAAAAUCUCUCAUAGAUUUAGGAGCGAGCAUUAAUCUCAUGCCUUUCUCAGUUUUUCAAAGUUUGGGAUUAAGAGAUAUAAAAUUGGUAUCUGUGACUUUACAGUUAGCCGAUAGAUCACUCAUAUACCCAAAAGGAAUAGUAGAGGAUGUGUUAGUUAAAGUAGAUAAAUUCAUCUUUCCUGCAGAUUUUGUAGUUCUUGAUAUGGAAGAAGAUAAAGAAAUUCCUUUGAUUUUGGGAAGACCUUUUUUGAGAAUGGGUAGAACUAUAAUUGAUGUGUAUAAUGGCAUUUUAUCUAAGUCUUUGGGGGAUGAAAUGAUUAAAUUUGAUGUUUUCCGUACAAUGAAGCACCCUCAAGAGGUUGAUGAAUGUUUUGCUUUUGAUGUGUUAGAUCAAUUGAAUUUUGAUUUUAUGGAACCUUUAAUUGCGGAUCUGUUGGAAGCAUCUUUGAGUGUAGGAACAUCAAUUGAUGAAGAAGCAAUGACGGAACAAUUAUGUUGGUUGGAUUCAGCAAAGCCGCUGUCAAGACCACGCUUCGAAAGUUUGGAAACGGAACUCCCGCUAUCUGUCACUUUUAAGCCUUCAGAGAUCGAACCUCCGAAACUUGAGCUUAAAGUUUUACCUUCUCAUUUCAAAUAUAUGUAUCUUGGAGCUCAUGAUACCUUACCUGUUAUUAUUUCUUCAUCUUUGACAUGUCUACAGGAAAAGAGACUUUUGGAUGUCUUGCGAGAGCACAAGCUAGCACUUGGAUGGACAAUUUCCGACAUCAAGGGCAUAAGUCCAACUUUUUGCAUGCACAAGAUCAUAUUGGAGGAGAGCCAUUAAUCUUCAGUGGAACAGCAGAGGCGAUUGAACCCCG